AUGCCCAAUAAUUACCCCACGAGCCGCAUAUAUACUGUUGAUCAAUAUGCAACCGCUCUCGUGCGACAAUAUUCUCAACAACUAACGGCUUUGUACAAAUUGGGAGCUAGGAAGAUUGCAGUGUUCGGGUUGGGUCCGCUAGGGUGCACCCCAACUGAGAUAGCAAGGUUUGGCACUGGUGGAAAACCAUGUGUAGAUUCGAUCAAUAAUGCUACUAGUCUAUAUAAUGAUAGGCUUAAGCCUCUUGUUUAUGAGCUCAACAGUAAUUUCCCAGACGCAAGAUUCACUUUCAUCAACGUAACAAUUAGCCCUUCAGCAUCACAACAAGUUGGUCCUUGUUGUCAAGUACGGGAAGAUGGACAGUGUAUUCCAAACUCAAUUCCUUGCCCCGAUCGUAAUUUAACUAUUUUCUAUGAUGGUCUUCAUCCCACAGAAAUUACAAACAUGGGCAUUGCAUCAAGAUCAUACAAUGCACCUUCUCCCAUGGAUGCGUCUCCGUAUGAUAUUAGUGCCUUGGUUCAACUUUAAUUAGCAUUGAGAACAUGAUUGCAUAAGACAGUGG